AUGCGUUGCAUCUAAGAAACUCCCUACACUACAAAUGGCAUUUUCUUUUGUGAAGCUUGAAAACACAAUGGGUUCCAAGUCCUCAAAGCCCAACCGGGGGCGAUUCGUCUGCUCUUGUUUCACGGUCAUCUUCUUCCUCUGCUUGUUCGCAGCAAUUAACGAAGUUCGAUUCAGUAGCUUACUGAGGUUGGGUCGAUGUGCUCUCUCAAACGAAACUGCACCCACAGAAAACCAAUCAGAAGACCUUAGAAUCCUGAUAUCCGUUCUGACCCUCCCCGACCAGUACCUACGACGACACUUCCUGCGCCUCGUGUACGGCACACAAACCUGGGAGGGCGCGAAAGUGGAUGUGAAGUUCGUGUUCUGCAAUCUCACAAAAGAGGACCAGAAAGUGAUGGUGGCGAUGGAGAUCAUGCUUCACGACGACAUCAUCAUCCUGAACUGCACCGAGAACAUGAACAGGGGCAAAACGUCGACGUUCUUCAGGAGCCUGCCGGAGAUGUUCAACGACACGAGCGGUGUGGGGCCCUACCCUCCCUACCACUACGUGAUGAAAGCGGAUGAUGACACGUACGUGAGAAUUAACAGUUUGGUGGGGUCGUUGAGGCCGUUGCCGAGGGAGGAUUUAUACUAUGGGUUCGUGAUACCCUGUGGUAGCAUGGACCCCUUCAAACACUACAUGUCUGGGAUGGGGUUUGUGGUGUCCUGGGACAUCGUGGAGUGGAUCUACGGCUCUGAUAUUCCGAAGAAACACGUGGAGGGCCCAGAGGAUAAGGUGUUUGGAGAUUGGAUGCGAUGGGCUAGGCGUGGAAAGAAUAGGUACAAUGCUAAGUGGUCUAUGUACAACUACCCUGAUCCACCCUCCGUUUGUAGCCACGAGCUUUGGAAUGACACUAUUGCAGUUCAUUUGUUGAAGAAUCAAGAGAAGUGGAUUCGGACUCUCUCCUUUUUCAAUCACACCCAUUCUUUGAAGCCAUCCAAGUUAUAUCAUAUACCUUAGUUUACUGAUUUUCAUUCUCCACAUUUCGUUAUUUUAUUUAUUUUUAUUAUAUAUAUGAUGAUAGUAAUAAUUAAUGUUACAAUAUCUGAUUUCAUUUGUUGAGAAA